CGGAAUCCACAAAGUGUAGUUCGGCCAUCAGACUAUUUAACACAAUCCAGAAGCCAGAACGAGACCUUCUCUAUCACUUAAUUCAACAUUUAGCAACUUUGUACCGGUUGGCCUCCAAGAAAACUCCAAAGCCUGAUUGCAUGAUAAAAGUAUUCGCUUCUGUCCUUCUCAUACCUCUUUUGCCAUCUUAUACCAACGCGGAAUUCCGUGGCAAAGCAGAUAUAUUUACUGCAGUACUCAGGUACUUGAUCUAUUUAAGAAUGGCCGGAGUAAGCUUUGAUGAAGAAGCGCACCAGAAAAAGAACAAAAAAUCCAAAAAGCAAUCCAGCCGAGAAUCAUCUAAAGACUCACCAGACGGAGGUAAGGGAUCGGAGAGAAGAUGCUUUUCAGAUAUACUACCAAAGAAAAAAGGCAAAAAGUCUAAAAAACGAUCCAACCAAGAAAACUCACAAGACAGCGUUAGGCCAGGAUCUAGGUGCUUUCCUUAUGACGAAGAAGAAUCAUCCAAGAAAAAAGGUAAAAAGUCCAAAAAGCAGUUAGCCAGCCGAGAGAGUUCUAAGGAGUCAUACACCAGCAUUAGGUCAGGACCAAUUUACACACCAGCGCCUAAAUCAGACGAAAGUAGGUGCAGACCGACAUGCAGCCAAGAACCUCCUGCAAAUUCAAAAGGAUGCGUAAUACCAUUUCCGAGGUGCAGUGCAGAGGGUAUACUAGAAGUAAAUCCCCGGACGAAUCGAGAAUCAUCUGUGGAGUCCAACGAAGGCAAUAGACAAAAUGCUUAUAAUAAGUCGCAAGAGAGUGUUAACUCAAUUGCUAUUAGAUCACAAGAGAGCGUUAAGUCUGGGAAAAGCAACACAUCACAGGGGGAGAAGGCUAGAAAGAAAAGUUUACUGGGGAGAUUGUGCGGCAAAAAGAAAAAGGAUAAAGAUAAACUGACGUGCGAAGAUGUAGAGUUAUGCGAUGUAUAGUAAUAAGAUUCGAGAUCCGGUUUUCUAAUGUAAA